AUGGAAAAUAUUAAGAUAAAAGCGGAUAAAGAUCUAUACUCUGCGACCGAAGUAAAUUUGCCGGAGGAUUGGCAUUCUGAGACGAGAACCAUCGAGUCUUCGAUGCACCGAGGAUAUUUUGAGAAUGGGAGGAGUUUCUUGCCAUCUGAUGAGCAACAAUUCGAUGCUUAUGAAUCUGGACACAUAACGGCUUUCCUUAUGGAAAGGCAUCAAUUAAAUCCCUUCUUUCGGUCGCCAGUCGGGGCAGGGCUCAAACAUGUGUUGGAUAUAGGAACCGGCAAAGGAUCUUGGGCAAUUGACGUAGCCGACAUGUUCCCGAAUGCUAUCGUCCGCGGGGUCGACCUCUUCCCACCACCAGUCUCGUGGAUGCCGCCUAACUGUGUCCUCGAAGUGGACGAUGUCCUCCAAGAAUGGACAUGGCAGCAGCCGUUCGAUCUGAUUCACAUGCGCAUAUUGGAAGGCGCAUUUACACACGAAGAAAGCAACAGACUAUACAAACAGUGUUAUGAGAGCCUGCGCCCGGGUGGUUGGAUUGAAUUGCUCGAAUUGACCCUCGACCUUCAAAGCGAGGAUAAUAACUGGCCCCAAGACUGCCAAUUGAAGGAAUGGUAUCCGUUAAUGCGAUCAGCGGCGGAAAAAAGCGGCCGACCACUUGAUCUGUAUGAUCGGUGCAUGGAUCUUGUUAGAGAUACCGGAUUCGUCGACAUCCACGAAGAGAUCAGAAAAUGGCCGAUCGGACCGUGGCCUCGAGACAAGCAACUGAAAGAGAUAGGAACGGUGAAUCUCGAGCAUUGGCUGGCAGGCCUUGAGGGAUACGGCAUGUAUCUUUUGACCAAAUUUGGUGUCCCAAAACCUUGGUCUAAGGAAGAGGUUCAGGUUUGGUUGGCUCAGAUCAGAAAUGCACUGAGGAACACCAACUAUCACACCUGCCAUAAAGUAAAACGAGUAUGGGCAAGGAAGCCAUUCGUUGAUGAGGUUGUACUCGCCUCGGUGGAAGCAGAGCAUUGA